AUGGCUGGUGACGCCUCUUCGCGCCUCCGAGCUUCUCGGGAAAGAAGCGCCUCCAGCACCUUUCGCCCACGCCAACGGCAACGGACCUCCUUAUCCAGGUUCGAGCAGAUCAUUUGCUCGCAUCCACCAGUCUUUGAGUCCCUUCUCCUUCAGUUACCAACAUCGUCAAUCCUAGACUUAUACCAUACGUCAAACUACCUCCGGUUGUUUCUGCAAGGCUAUCCCACAGCAUGGAACCAUCUUUCCUUCCGGUCUUUCAGCCCUGGAAGACUUGCAUCCAGGCAGGCGUCACCCGCAAGUGACAGCUCUGGUGAGAGCUCAGCCGUUCAGUCAAAGCCAUACGCCCUGGACCAAUUGCUUAUGGCCAUUGUCCUUCCAUUUGGCACUCGACUCAUAUCCUUAGACCUCGAUCAUACUGCUGUUGCAGGGGAUACCUUGACAUCAAUUGUCCUACACAGCCGGCGAGAGACCUUACAACAUCUUUCUGUCCGUGGUUGCAAGCAGGUGUCCUUGAAGUACAAUAUUAUGCCAUUCCUCACUCUCUUUAGCCUCCAAAAGUCCGCUAGUGAGUUCCAAAACUCAGGACCGGUACCCGGCCUGGCACUACGAAGCCUCUAUGUUUUCCGCUGCAGACACCACAGGCAUCGGCCUUACACGCCAGCCUCGCUCAUCAGAAAAGACUCUGACUCAGUCCACACACACGAUCUUAUCAAGAUAUGUUACGACUUGGGAAUUUGGACGGACACGGCUUGGUGUCCUACACCCGGCGGAAGAUGUUUGAAACGGAAGGACUACUCAGUAGGGAGAGGAACUCCAGAUGCUCGGACAGAGGUAUGGGUGGUCUACGAUCGAUUAUGGCGCUCAGAAAAUCGACUCGGGCCCGCUGUGUACUCCGAAGAGGCCAGGCCUAGGAGCACUAGAGGGCAAUUGUGGGAAGACACGGAGUCCGGCUACAACGGCGAGCCGUUGGGCUGCGAACCACAACAAGGGCACGGCGAGGGGAAAACUCAAACCACACAUCUACGUCAGAGUCACCGAAAGUUCAUCGAGAAUAUUAUAUGUCAGGACUGUAAAGCUCAGAUCCCUGAAAGAUGCGAGCAUUGCAGCAUAAGAAUGCACUGCAUGGGCUGCAGGAAGACUCUUUGUGAGAAUUGCGCUUUUUCUCGCCAUCUACCACCGGCCAAAUCUCCGAGAAGCACAACAUCGGAGUCAGGCACUGGGGAUGAUACAGCCAAAGAGCCAUAUUGGUGGGCCCCUGGUCAGAUGCGAAAUCCGAAUCUUAUGAUGCAAGAAGUCGUACCCAGCAACAGUGCUGAAAAUAGCAACACCCCAAAUAGCACUGUCACUCCAGCUCUGAAAAUGCAGUGGUGUUGCUUAAAACCCAUGUUCUCAAACGGUGGUAGUAUAACUUUUGUCGGACCUGGAAUGACAGGUUCGGCCAUUAAUCACGUCCAUACUGCUCCACUUCCACCAGGCCAGGGCUACGAAGACGCGGAGUUGAGCCGCCUCCGUCAAUCCCACAAGACAUCAGGGUCAGUGAUUGACUGCCCCGUUCUUCCGGGAUGUUCCCCAAGGCUGAAGCACUACCAAAUGAUACAUUGGCUUCUGUACGGAAUGGGGAGCGAAGACCAAAACCCAUGCCCUCGAAGUCUUUGUCAUGAUUGUUGGCAGACGCCAGGAUGGAGAGCGGCCUGUCAAACCUGUAAGGAACCUUUCUGUUUUGCACACGACUUGCGCGGUUUGAGCAUGCGAAUCUGUGGCUAUAAGGACCUCAGCACCGAAAAAUCAUUCCUGGAAGCGAAUUCGAACUUCAGGAAAGUACUAGAAGCUUCAGAAAGCUCCACCGUUGCACUCAACACUGCACGGGAAAAAACCAAAUGCACAAUCCGCGAAUAUCUGAAUGUUCUCUCGAAAUUGCCAGAACUGUCACGGAGCUUCAAAGAUAAAUAUGCUCAUUUGCUGGAUUCAUCCCAGAGGGCCGCGUCCGACACCUUGGUACUAAGACCCGAGGUAUUACUCAGUGAGGCAGCAGGCGAACUCAAAGAAACGUCUUACGAGGGCGAACUUUUGAAAAUGCUCGGUUUGAUAAUGUCCACACCCAUGUCCAACACAGACGACGAGAGUACGGAACCUCAACUCAACAACUCCUGGCUGGGCUGCGGCUCGUUUCUUUGUCCCAAAUAUCGCUCCAUCGGUGACCAUCGGCCUCGCUGUACAGCCGCUGCUCAACAAUGCACGUUGUGCGAAGUCCACGUGUGUCCAGAUUGCCUCGCGCAGUAUUCGCGUUGCGACUGCGCAUAUUGCAAGGACCACUACAGCUGCCCGAAUUGCGUCACGACGCUGGGAAGUCUGUGCAAGAAAGCUGAAGAAGAAGAGGAAGCUAGGCGCAAAAUUAGGAUACGUGAAGAGCGGCACGCGCAGUGGAAGCAUCAGCUGAAAGAGGCCAAUGACAUGGCCGAGCUGGCUCGGGACUUUUUGGCGCGAGACAUUUUGCAGUCGAUGCCAACGGUAAGUCAAUCAGCUACGGUCACGAUGCAUGAAGAGGCCCUGGCAAGGCAGAAUAUCGGAGAAGCUGGCGGUUGA